CGUUAAUCACAAGCUGGAACACAAUAUUGUGCUAUAGUUUAAAGAAAGCUACCAAACAAGGUUUUUUUGUGUUAAAGCUCCACUGUGUAACUUUGUUGCCAAAACACUGUCCAGUUUUUUGCGGUAAGCGACAGAGACGUUGCUGUGAGGAAGACGUCUUCUCCUGCUGCUGUUGUGUCACACGGACACAGCCUGAGUCAGGACUACGAGGAUUUGGACAUUUUGUGGGAGCAUCUUGGCAUUUUUCAGAUAAGGAGGCGGAGCUGUGACAUCAGACUUUCCCUCCCACUCCUCAGAUAAAGUGGAAUAAAGAAGUGGUAUCGGCCAAAAAAAACGAUGACAUCAAAACAGAAAAUCAAGAUGGUGAAGGAUCCAAAGAAGCCAAGGGGCAAAAUGUCCUCGUACGCCUACUUUGUGCAGACAUGUCGCGAAGAGCACAAGAAGAAACAUCCGGAAGCUUCUGUCAACUUCUCAGAGUUCUCCAAGAGAUGCUCUGAGCGGUGGAAGACUAUGUCACAAAAGGAGAAAGGCAAGUUUGAAGACAUGGCCAAACUGGAUAAGGUGCGUUACGAGAGGGAAAUGAAGACCUAUAUUCCCCCCAAGGGCCAGAAGAAGAAGCGCUUCAAGGACCCCAACGCACCCAAGAGACCACCGUCGGCCUUCUUCCUCUUCUGCGCAGACUUUCGCCCCAAGGUCAAAACCGAGCAUCCAGGACUCUCCAUCGGGGACACGGCAAAGAAGUUGGGAGAGAUGUGGAACGGCACAGCCGCAGAGGACAAGCAGCCGUACGAGCGGAAAGCUGCCAAGCUGAAGGAGAAAUACGACAAGGAUAUUUGUGCAUACCGCACAAAGGGCAAAGUGGAUUCAGCGCCAGCUAAAGCAGAAGAGGACGAUGAUGAGGAGGAAGACGAGGAGGGAGAGGACGACGACGACGAUGACGACGAUGACGACGACGAGUAGACUGCAAUGAUGAUGGAGCCUCCCAAGUUUUGAUUUUUGCCAUAUAAUCCUAAUAUACUCGAUUCACCGUUAUGAAACAGAAGUUGAUUGAACAAGAACAUGUGUAUAUUUAAUGUUUUUAUGAUGUACAGUGUUACGCCCCGCCUCCCCCCCCCCCUUUUAUUUUGUAAAGUUAACACUACAUAUCUUAAGUUUGCAAUUUUUUUCUAGUGGUAGUUCUUUAUCCCAGCCAUAUUCCGUAACUAUUUAGGAGGACUAUGAAUCUGUAAGAAAGUAAGUAGUCUAUAAGUGUUACAACUCAGAAAUGAGAUUUCUGAGUUGUUUAGUGUACUUUUCUUUGUUUUGAGAAAUAUUUUUUUAUGUGCCGUCCCAAUGUCUUUUUAUUGUUCUUUGAAUACCACUCUAAUAUCCAAUGCAGCUGUCGGCAUUAAAGAAUGUCUUCAAUAAAGGUCGUUUUUUUUUUUUAAAGGC